AUUGAUAAAGCUCACAAAAUUAAAGGCAAACAUCAUCAAAGACAAGUAGCUAGAGAAAUGUCACUGAUACGAGUUUGUGAGAUGGAGUAUAAGCUUUCCGUUCCAAAAGAACGAUUCUGGGACCGUUUUGUCCUCAAUGAGACUGCCAUGUGUAAUCAUAGAAAACGUAGAGACGACAUUCAGCCAUCUGACUGGACUCAAAUGGAAAUUGAGUCAGUGGAUCAGACGAAAACCAUGAAGGAACGGUUCGUCAAACCUGAAUUCGUUCAAGGCUAUAAGUUGAUUGCAGCAACUACAAAAGUUAUUGACGACGAGCCCAGUGGCUUGAAUUGCCUCAUAUACAUCACUACGGAGUACGAAAAGAGUGGCCUUGAGAUCAAAGACCUUGAAGAAGUCCAACUCCUUGAUCAGGGGAAUAUUAAGGUAAUGGCACUCCUUGAGGGGAAUCUUAAGAUAAUGGCUCAUCAUUGCCGUGCUCGUGUUGGUGGCGGUUAUCCCAUGCCAGUGCGUCUUAGAUGAUGGCACCGGCCCGUUAAAUCAAUCCAUGCCAUAAUCGAAGGAGGGUUCAUCUCUUUUAUACCUAGAGUUUAUAGAAGAUGAAAUAAAUAAAUUGAACCCGCCCCCAAUAUAUAUAUAUAUAUAUAUAUAUAUGUGUGAGUAUUGUAUCCUCUAGGGUCAUGUCCCUAUGACUUGAAUCAUCUCUAAAUAAAGUUGCUACGUAUUAUAUGCAUGAGUGUUUCAAACUAUUAAAUAAAUCCACAAUU